CAUAAAUGAAUUUCAAUUAAGUAUCAGUUUACUGUGUUUACUACUUCGGUUUUUGCAGUUAUUGGAUACUGUACUUAGGAAGAAGCCAAACCUCAUUUUUUCUCUAGGUUCUCUCAAGCUUUAAAUCCAUGAUCAACUUCAAAGCAGGUAAUGAUCGAGCGGCAAAUAUGAUGGCAUCGUUUCUGUGAUCGAAGAGGAUUCGUCAGCCUCUGAUUCUGGAACCUAGAGACUUGAAUGUGGUUGUUGAUGAGGAUUGAGAAUUUGCGAAUGUGAUAACUAACCGGUGACUUGGUUAGAUCUCAUCUUAAGAUUUUCGUAAGCGAAAUGGCCCUUCCACGGGUUUCCUCGUGUUAUUGGCGCAGCAUGAUCUUACGGCACAGUACGAAGCUUCCACGUUCAUUGCGAAAUCAUCAGACCGUGCGAAGUAUAACAGUGUGGGAACCUGAUAAGCAGAGUGGCUACCGCACGGUUAGACAGGCCACGCAGACGUGGAGAGAUGUGUACAACAUGGAAAACUUGAAAUCUACCAUCGAAGCUUACAAGAGACAGUUUCGCAUGUGGAAAGAAGAAUGGGUAGCCUGGUUCUACCGUGACAUUGAGGUGCUGGAGGACGGUGAUGUGAAGAUGAUCUACGAUUUUCGCGAUCCCGACCCGGACAAGGUAAACGGGUGGACUGUGACAGCAGAUGCGGAUUUCCUGCACGGCAGAAGCUGGGGGAAAAUGGAUAUAACCCAGGAUUACACGUGUUUAUUCACGGGAAACCUUAAUCACACACCCAUAGCCGACGGAUGGUCGGACUUCGCGGGCUACGUGAAUCUGCGCUCACCCUACAAAUACAAAUCCUUUUAUCGAGAAGACGCCUUUAACUGGACAGAAUUUACUCAUAUCGUUCUGCGCUACCGGGGAGAUGGAAGGACUUAUUUGUUAAACAUUAACACCAGAGGAUGUUUUGACGUCUCAUGGAAUGAUUUGUACAGCUAUCCCUUGUAUACCAGAGGAGGACCAUACUGGCAGACCGAACGUAUACCUUUUUCCAAGUUUUUUUUCGCUCACAAAGGCAAAAUUCAAGACAAACAAGCUCCCAUUGAUUUAACGAACGUCCAUGGUAUAAACAUCACAGCCGGAGACGGGAUUGAUGGACCCUUUAAACUGGAAAUAGACUAUAUUGCUAUAGAAAUAGACGAAAGUCAUACGGAGGAGCAUGCGUAUGAACUUUAUGAAGGAAGAAGGUUUGAAACCUAACCCUGGUUUGAAACCUAGCCCUGUAAAAAGAGCCUUCCUCGUUUUUGCUUUGUAGCGAUAUAAAUUUGUAAAAUUCGGGAUCCGAAGUAGAAAGUAUACUGUUUACAGUUUACACCGGUUUAUACUUUCGGUGCAGUAAUUCAGAUAGGUUAUUUCACAGAUAAAAUUUUAAAGAAGCACGAUCUAACAGAAAACAACCGUAAAAAUAAAUAUUUCCACAA